UAUAAUAAUAAUACAAAAAAAUCAGUCAGAUUCUCAAGAAGAAAACUUUACUCAGGCCAAAAGUAGGGUUUUACCAAUACACUGCAAAACCCUAGUACUAUCUCUGUCUCUCCCCCCUCUUUCUAAUACACAAUUGCGAUUCUAGUCGCAGACAACGAGGUUUUGUAUAAUGGUUGGUGCCCAAGAGAUCACUGCUGCAACUCAAUUGUUGCAAGAUGUCUCUAGGCAAACUCUGUUUAUGCAGAAAGAUUUGCCUAUUAAUCGGCGAAAUCAGUUGCUAUGGGGUACACUUCAUAGUCAUAAGACCCCUUUGGGUGCAUUUAAUAAUAGAGGUGUUUCAUUGAGGUGUCGCGCUCAAUCAAAGCCCAGAGCAGUGGUUUCUGGUUUGACUAGCAGUGUUGAUGAGCAAUCUAGUUUGAUUGAAAAGACUGCCCAAGAAAUUCUCCAUUUCUAUCGGGUGCCAUUGAUUCAAGACAGUGCAACUCUUGAAUUGCUUAAGUUGGCUCAAAGAAAAAUCUCCCAUGAGAUUGUUGGGUUGCAGACUGAGCAAUGUUUUAAUAUUGGGCUUCAAUCUGAAAUUUCGAGUGAGAAGAAGCUUGGGGUCCUUAAGUGGAUUCUUCAGGAAACAUAUGAGCCGGAAAAUUUUGGUACUGAGAGCUUUCUUGAAAAGAAGAAAAAAGCAGGAUUGAAUACUGUGAUAGUUGAGGUCGGGCCUAGGUUGUCUUUUACAACUGCUUGGUCUUCAAAUGCUGUGUCUAUUUGUGGUGCUUGUGGGUUAACGGAAGUGACUCGAAUGGAACGGUCGAGGAGGUACUUGCUGUAUAGCAAGGGAGUAUUGCAAGAAGAUCAAAUUAAUGCGUUUGCUGAAUUGGUCCAUGAUAGGAUGACUGAAUGUAUUUAUACCAAGAAGCUGACAUCUUUUGGGACUAAUGUUGUUCCUGAGGAAGUUCGGUUUGUGCCUGUUAUGGAGAGGGGGAGGAAGGCUUUGGAAGAGAUUAAUCAGGAGAUGGGUUUGGCUUUUGAUGAACAAGAUUUACAGUAUUAUGCUAGGUUGUUCAUGGAGGAUAUCAAGCGGGAUCCUACAACUGUAGAAUUGUUUGACAUUGCACAAUCCAAUAGUGAGCAUAGUAGGCACUGGUUUUUUACUGGUAAGAUUGUUAUUGAUGGAAAGCCCAUGGAUAGAACUCUUAUGCAGAUUGUGAAGAGCACUUUGCAGGCGAAUCCAAAUAAUUCUGUUAUUGGUUUCAAGGAUAAUUCUAGUGCAAUUAAGGGCUUUCAUGUAAUUGUAUUGCGGCCGGUACAGCCUGGUUUGCCAUGUCCACUGAUGGCAAUCACUCGCGACCUCGAUAUUUUAUUCACAGCUGAGACCCAUAAUUUUCCUUGUGCUGUGGCACCUUAUCCUGGGGCAGAGACAGGUGCUGGGGGUAGAAUCAGGGAUACUCAUGCAACAGGUAUGGGUUCAUUGAUUAUUGCAGGUGUAGCUGGUUACUGUGUUGGGAACCUGAUGAUUGAGGGGUCUUAUGCUCCAUGGGAAGAUAAUUCUUUUGUGUAUCCAUCAAACUUGGCAUCACCUCUGCAGAUUCUUAUUGAUUCUAGCAAUGGGGCAUCAGAUUAUGGAAACAAAUUUGGCGAGCCAUUGAUUCAGGGUUAUACUAGAACUUUUGGAAUGAGAAUGCCAAGUGGGGAGAGACGAGAGUGGGUGAAGCCAAUUAUGUUUAGUGCAGGUAUUGGACAGAUUGAUCACACCCACAUAACAAAAGGAGAGCCUGACAUUGGUAUGUUGGUUGUAAAGAUUGGAGGCCCUGCAUAUCGUAUUGGAAUGGGAGGUGGGGCUGCAUCGAGUAUGGUGAGUGGCCAGAAUGACGCAGAGCUUGAUUUUAAUGCUGUACAGCGUGGAGAUGCUGAAAUGGCACAAAAACUCUAUCGUGUUGUUCGUGCCUGUGUUGAGUUGGGGGAGAACAAUCCAAUUAUCAGCAUCCAUGAUCAGGGAGCUGGUGGGAAUUGUAAUGUUGUCAAGGAAAUUAUAUAUCCAAAGGGUGCUGUUAUUGACAUCCGGAAAAUUGUAGUUGGUGAUCAUACGAUGUCUGUUUUGGAGAUAUGGGGCGCAGAAUAUCAGGAACAAGAUGCAAUCUUGGUGAAGCCUGAGUGCCAUGAUCUUUUACAAUCAAUUUGUGAAAGAGAAAGGUUGUCAAUGGCUGUUAUUGGGACAAUCAAUGGUGAGGGGCGAAUUGUUUUGGUAGAUAGCUUGGCGAUUGAGAAAUGCCAUUCAAGUGGACUCCCUACUCCCCCUCCAGCUGUGGAUCUUGAGCUGGAGAAAGUACUUGGGGAUAUGCCUCAGAAGACUUUUGAAUUCCGUCGUGUGGUUCAUGCCCGAGAAGCACUUGACAUUGCUCCAGGGAUCACAGUGAUGGAAGUGUUGAAGAGGGUAUUAAGACUUCCUUCUAUAUGUUCGAAGCGCUUCUUGACAACAAAAGUGGAUAGAUGUGUUACAGGUCUUGUAGCACAGCAGCAAACUGUUGGUCCUUUGCAGAUUACACUUGCUGAUGUUGCUGUUGUUGCUCAGACUUACACCGGCUUGACUGGAGGUGCAUGCGCAAUUGGAGAGCAGCCAAUCAAAGGUCUGAUUAAUCCAAAGGCAAUGGCAAGAUUGGCUGUUGGAGAAGCACUCACAAAUCUAGUUUGGGCUAAGGUUACUUCCCUGUCUGAUGUCAAAGCAAGCGGAAAUUGGAUGUAUGCUGCCAAGCUUGAUGGAGAAGGGGCAGACAUGUUUGAUGCUGCCACAGCUCUUUCUGAAGCUAUGAUUGAACUUGGUAUUGCUAUUGAUGGGGGAAAGGACAGUCUGUCAAUGGCUGCCCAUGCAGGUGGUGAGGUUGUUAAGGCCCCUGGUAAUCUUGUUAUCAGUGUGUACGUCACUUGUCCUGACAUAACAAAAACGGUAACCCCAGAUUUGAAGUUGGGAGACGAUGGUGUGUUGCUUCACAUUGAUUUGGCAAAAGGAAAGCGGCGGCUAGGUGCAUCUGCUCUUGCUCAAGCCUUCGACCAAAUCGGGGAUGAUUGUCCUGAUAUUGAUGAUGUUCCUUAUCUCAAAAGCGUAUUUGAGGGUGUCCAGAAUAUUAUUGAAGGUGAGCUUAUCUCUUCUGGCCAUGACAUAAGUGAUGGUGGACUACUAGUCUGUGCCAUGGAGAUGGCAUUUGCUGGAAAUUGUGGCAUUGCUAUGGACUUGACUUCACAAGGUUACAGUCUCCUCCAAACACUUUUCGCAGAAGAGCCUGGUCUAGUUCUUGAAGUUAGCAGAAAGAAUUUAGAUGUUGUAAUGCAAAAGCUCAAUAGCAGGGGGGUUUCUGCUAAUAUAAUUGGACAAGUGACUACCUCACCCUUGAUACAACUGAAAGUUGAUGGGGUAACUCAUCUGAAUGAGGAAACUUCUCUCCUUAGAGAUAUGUGGGAAGAAACCAGUUUUCAUCUGGAAAAGUUCCAAAGAUUAGCUUCUUGUGUGGACUUGGAGAGAGAAGGUCUGAAAUCUAGGAAAGAACCUUUCUGGAAAUUGUCAUUUACUACUUCUGUAACAGAUGAUAAAUAUAUGACUGCAACUUCAAAACCAAAAGUGGCUGUGAUUCGAGAGGAAGGCAGCAACGGGGAUAGAGAGAUGGCUGCAGCAUUUUAUGCUGCUGGUUUUGAACCCUGGGAUAUUGCAAUGUCAGACCUUCUGAAGGGAGCUAUAUCUCUUCAAGAAUUCCGUGGGGUUGUGUUUGUGGGAGGUUUUAGCUAUGCUGAUGUCCUCGAUUCUGCGAAAGGCUGGUCUGCUUCCAUUAGAUUCAAUCAGCCCCUUCUGGAUCAAUUUCAGGAGUUCUAUAAGCGGCCUGAUACUUUCAGUCUUGGUGUUUGCAAUGGGUGUCAACUCAUGGCUCUAUUGGGUUGGGUCCCAGGUCCCCAAGUUGGGGGUGCACAUGGUGCUGGUGGGGACCCGUCACAACCUAGGUUUAUUCACAAUGAGUCUGGUCGAUUUGAAUGCCGCUUUACAAGUGUGAGGAUAAAUGACUCACCUGCUAUAAUGUUCAAAGGUAUGGAAGGUAGUACGCUUGGUGUGUGGGCUGCCCAUGGUGAGGGAAGAGCAUAUUUCCCUGAUGAUGGUGUUUUUGAUCGCAUGAUUCAUUCAAACUUGGCCCCAGUUAGUUAUUGUGAUGACGAUGGGAAUCCUACAGAAGUUUACCCUUUCAAUUUGAACGGGUCUCCCCUAGGAGUAGCAGCAGUCUGUUCUGCUGAUGGGAGACAUCUCGCCAUGAUGCCUCAUCCAGAACGUUGCUUCUUGAUGUGGCAGUUUCCAUGGUACCCAAAGCACUGGAAUUUGGACAAGAAAGGUCCUAGCCCAUGGUUAAAGAUGUUCCAAAAUGCUAGAGAAUGGUGCUCAUGAGACGGCAUGGAUCAUGGUUUAGUUCAUCAAAUGCUACUAAAAGUAUACAAAGGUUUCCAUUGUCACGGGUGUUGAAAAUUUUGAGCUAUUUUCAUGUUGUUUUUUGCAAUAUGUUAAUGGUUUUUCUUUCACUUGUAAUGAGCUAAAUGAAUAAUACUAAAUUUUAAUUAUUAUCAAUAGAUUCCUAUGUCCUGUUGUACAUAUGAUGGUUGAUUAUUAUAAAGGACUCUCCAUUUUCUUCAA